UAUCGCAUUUAGGAUUUUAGAAAAAAAAAGAAAAAGGAAAAGGAAAAAAAAAAUCCCUUCUCAAUUUCCUCUCUUAUUAUUUUCUAUCUCAUGAUUUGCUUCAAAAAGGGAAAUUGAAUGAAAGCCAUAUUACUUCUUAUGUUUUCCUCUCUAACUGAUCCUUUUCUUUUCUGGGGGAUUUUUUUUUUUUUUGUGUUUUCUUUUUUUGUGUUUUGACAGUGUCUUGUGACUUUUGAGCACUCUUCUGCUGAUCCCAAAUUUGCUUUUCCAUCUAAACUGGAGCUAGUAAGAUCUGGAAAGGAGGGAAAUCAGAAAUGGAUGCUUUUAUCCUUUGCAUGUAAAGAAAACCUAAGGGUGUUUCUAGGUUAGUUAUAAAUGCGUUGAUUAUAUUCUUUUUAGGGGUGAGAUUUGAUCUGGGUUUUCCGAAAACUAUUCAUCUUUGUUCUUUUUGGGAUUUGUGGAUUGGGUUGUUUGGGGGUGGUUUAGGAUAUGAAAAUAGAAUUGGGUAUGGGAGGUGGGGCUUGGAACGAUGAAGAUAAGGCUAUGGUAGCCGCUGUAUUAGGAACCAGGGCAUUUGACUACUUGAUAUCAAGCUCAGUGUCGAAUGAGAACCUUUUAAUGACUGUAAGCAGUGAUGAGAAUCUUCAAAACAAGCUAUCAGAUCUCGUGGACCGGCCAAACGCCUCUAAUUUUAGCUGGAACUACGCCAUAUUCUGGCAAAUUUCGCGGUCCAAAUCCGGGGAUUGGGCCCUGGGUUGGGGAGACGGGUGUUGUAGGGAGCCUAAAGAAGGAGAAGAAUCGGAAGCUACUCGGAUUCUAAACCUACGCCUCGAAGACGACACUCAGCAGAGGAUGAGGAAAAGGGUUUUGCAGAAAUUGCAUACUUUGUUCGGUGGAUCAGAUGAGGAUAAUUAUGCCCUUGGCUUGGACAGAGUUACUGAUACUGAGAUGUUCUUCUUAGCUUCCAUGUAUUUCUCUUUCCCUCAAGGAGAAGGCGGCCCUGGGAAGUGUUUUUUGUCUGGGAAACAUGUUUGGCUCUCUGAUGCAUUGAAAUCGGGUUCGGAUUAUUGCGUUAGGUCAUUUUUGACAAAGUCUGCUGGAGUUCAAACCAUUGUUUUGGUCCCUACUGAUGUUGGUGUUGUUGAAUUGGGAUCUGUAAGAUCUGUGCCUGAGAGCAUGGAGUUGUUGCAGUCUAUAAGAAGUUCCUUCUCAUCUAAUUCCUCGUUGCUUAGGGCGAAGCAAAUGGUUGCGGCAGCACCAGUGGUGAACGAGAAGAAACAUGAAAACCCUUCCCACUUUUCGAAUUUGGGGAUUGUUGAGAGAGUGGAAGGUAUCCCCAAGAUUUUUGGGCAGGAUCUGAACAAUGCUUCACAUGGUCAUUCCAAUUACCGGGAGAAACUUGCUGUUAGGAAGAUGGAAGAUAGACCGACAUGGGCAGCUUAUGCUAAUGGUGUUAAGCUCCCAUUUACAAGAAAUCAAAAUGGUAUCCAUGCUCCAGGUUGGCCACAUGUUCAUGGUGUGAAACAGGGGAGUGGGACUGAAUUUUAUGGUUCUCAAACCACAGCAAAUAAUCUUCAGGAGCUUGUUAAUGGAGCUCGGGAGGAGUUUCGGCUUAACCAAUACCAGUCACCAAAGCCGGUUCAAAUGCAGAUUGAUUUUUCAGGGGCUACUUCAAGGCCUUCUCCUGCAACUACUCGGCCAUUAAGUGCUGAGUCUGAGCACUCGGAUGUUGAAGCUUCUUGCAAGGAAGAUAAGCCGAGUCCAGCUGAUGAAAGGAGGCCCCGGAAAAGGGGUCGGAAGCCUGCUAAUGGUAGAGAAGAACCUCUUAAUCAUGUUGAAGCUGAGAGGCAGCGGCGUGAGAAGCUGAACCAGCGGUUCUAUGCCUUACGAGCUGUGGUGCCCAACAUAUCCAAGAUGGACAAAGCUUCGUUGUUAGGGGAUGCAAUUGCUUACAUCAAUGAGCUUCAGGCAAAACUUAAGGUCAUGGAAUCAGAGAGGGAAAAGUUUGGUAGUACUUCGAGAGAUUCGGCAGGGCUAGAUCCUAACAUAAAUGCAGAGAAUCACAUCGGAGCAGCUAAUAUAGAUGUCCAAGCCGUUCACGAUGAGGUUGUUGUUAGAGUAAGCUGUCCUCUAGAUUCACACCCUGCAUCAAGAGUGAUCCAAGCAUUUAAAGAUGCGCAUGUCAAUGUACUCGAGUCAAAGCUUGUUACAGCAGAUGAUACUGUGUUUCAUACAUUUGUUAUCAAGUCUCAAGGAUCCGAGCAGCUUACGAGGGAAAAGCUGAUUGCAGCAUUUUCGUGCGAACCAAAUUCGUUACAGCCAUUAUCAUCUCUUGGAUAGCACACAAUUGCAUUUAACAUUGUCCAUAGGCAUAAAAUUAAUGUGAAGAACCUGAUUUGAAGCUUCUUCAGAGGGUUUUUUAUAAUACUGCAAGAGGAUCCCUAAAAGAGCAUGAAGGGCCUGCUAGGAGUAGAUAAUAACUACUUAUUGACCAAGUAGAGCAGCAAAGUUUUAUGUGAUUUGUUUAUAUAUUAUAUACAUAUAUUCUGUCAUAAUGAGGUCUUUUUUGCAACAUAAAUUAAAUUCCCAAGUUUAGUUGUCUGUUUAGGAACUGAUUUUACUUUAUAAUUUUUUUUUUUUAGUUCUUUAAUAUCUUUUGUUUACCCAGUUUUUUUGUUGUCUGUUUCGUAAGAGUCAUCAUAUAUCAAUUCAUUAGUGCACAACUACGUGGAAUUAAAGAUGGAUUUAAAUGCAUAUUAUUUCUGUUUUUUAUAAAGUUCUCUUUCCCUUGAGCAA